CGGCUCCGGGCUGUGUGUUGUUGUUGUUGUCGCUGUCGUCGUUUGGGGGUUGGGGGGGUCAAGAUGAGCAGCCCGUGCCUGCUGCGCGCUGCCCCUAUAAGCCAGCCCCGGCUCAGAGAGGUCAAGAUCAGCCUGAAGGCCAGCAGCAGGGAGACUACAGCCGUCCGGAGCAGCAGCGGAGGGACCAAGGAUGCUGCCAGCCGUCCCUAUGCCCUGGCAGAGAAAGAGGCCCCUGUUCGGGUCGGCAUGAGCAGCAGCCGGAGCAGGAGCACCCCGGCGGUCCACCGGGCCCAGAGACCUGAAAGCAGGAAGACUGCGAGAGGAGGCAGCAGCAGCGUGAAGCAGCAGGAGCCUGAACACCACCCGGAGAGGAACGGCACUCUCCUGCACAUCCCACUCUCCGUGGCGCCCUCGGGACUCCCCCCUUUGUCUUCGUCCUCUUCCUCAUCCUCCUCCUGCACCCCCAGACGUCAGAGGCCCUCUCACCCUCACCCUCCCACGGCCCUCCUCUCCUCCUCCUCUUCCUCCUCUGCUAAAAGUAUGAAGCGGGCUCGCUGGCUGAGUUACAGCACCUCAAACAUCUGUUUCAACUCCAUCCUGGAUGGACGCUUCAGACAGCUGCAAGAUGAGCGUGAGGCGGUUCAGAAGAAGACCUUCACUAAAUGGGUCAACUCAAUCCUGUCCCGGGUCGGCUGUCGCAUCUCUGACCUCUAUCUGGACCUGCGGGACGGACGCAUGCUCAUUAAACUGCUGGAGGUGCUCUCCGGUGAACGCCUGCCAAAACCCACUAAAGGCCGGAUGCGUAUCCACUGUUUGGAGAAUGUGGACAAAGCUCUGCAGUUCCUCAAAGAGCAGAGGGUCCACCUGGAGAACAUGGGGUCCCACGACAUCGUUGACGGCAACCAUCGCCUCAUCCUCGGCCUCAUCUGGACCAUUAUUCUUCGCUUCCAGAUCCAGGACAUUAUUGUGGAAACGGGCCAGGCGGACCAGAAGGAGACACGUUCAGCCAAGGACGCCCUUCUUCUGUGGUGUCAGAUGAAAACCGCAGGGUAUCCCAAUGUCAACAUCACAAACUUCACCACCAGCUGGAAAGAUGGCAUGGCCUUCAAUGCUCUCAUACACAAACACCGGCCAGAUCUGGUUGAGUAUAACAGCCUGAAAAGGUCCAACCCGACCCACAACCUCCAGAAUGCCUUUAAUGUAGCAGAGCAGAAGCUUGGCGUGACCAAACUGUUGGACCCAGAAGAUGUGUUCACAGAGAACCCAGAUGAGAAGUCCAUCAUCACAUACGUCGUGGCAUUUUACCACUACUUCUCGAAGAUGAAGCAGCUCGCUGUCGAGGGCAAGAGAGUUGGAAAGGUUUUGGAUCACGCCAUUGAGACAGAGAAGAUGAUUGAUAAAUACGAGACGCUGGCAUCAGACCUGCUGACGUGGAUCGAGCAGACCAUCAUCGUGCUGAACAACCGGAAACUUGCCAACUCUCUGACUGGAGUUCAGCAGCAGCUUCAGGCCUUCAACACCUACCGCACAGUAGAGAAGCCACCCAAGUUCCAGGAGAAGGGAAACCUUGAGGUGCUGCUGUUCACCAUCCAGAGUCGUAUGAGGGCCAACAAUCAGAGGGUGUACACGCCUAAAGAGGGAGCCCUGGUUGCAGAUAUCAACAGGGCCUGGGAACGCCUGGAGAGGGCGGAGCAUGAGCGGGAGCGCGUCCUGAGAGAUGAGCUGAUCAGACAGGAGAAGCUGGAACAGAUGGCGAGAAGAUUUGACAGAAAGGCUGCCAUGAGGGAGACCUGGCUCCAGGAGAACCAGAGGCUAGUGGCUCAGGAUAACUUUGGUUACGACCUGCCGGCAGUGGAGGCAGCAAAGAAGAAACAUGAUGCCAUCGAGACGGACAUUGCCGCGUAUGAGGAACGCGUUCAGGCCUUGGUGGACCUCUCAAAGGAGCUGGAGUCUGAACGAUACCAUGACGCCAAACGGAUUGACGUACGGAAGGACAACAUCCUGCGCCUGUGGGACUACUUGCAGGAGCUGCUGAAGGCUCGUAGGGGUCGUCUGGAUAAGAACUUGACCCUGCAAAGGAUCUUCCAGGAGAUGCUAUACAUCAUCAACUGGAUGGAUGACAUGAAGGCCCGACUUCUGUCUCCUGACUUUGGGAAACACUUGUUGGAAGUGGAAGACCUGCUCCAGAAACACGCUUUGCUAGAGAACGACAUCGCUCUGCAAGCAGAGAGAGUACAGAACGCCAGUGCUGCUGCUCUCAAGUUUGCCAAUGGAGACAGCUAUAAGCCAUGUGAUCCCCAAGUGAUCCGUGACAGGGUUCAGCACCUGGACUUAUGCUACCAGGAGCUUUGUGCCUUGGCGGCCCAACGAAAGGCUCGCUUGGAACAGUCCCGCCGCUUCUGGAACUUCCUGUGGGAGGUGGCGGAGCUGGAGAGCUGGAUUAGAGAGAAGGAGCACAUCUUCUCCUCCUUGGAUUAUGGCAAGGACCUAACGAGCGUGCUGGUGCUCCAGAGCAAACACAGCGCCUUUGAAGACGAACUUGGAGCCCGCCGUGCCAACCUUGAGCAGGUUUUGACUGAGGGAGAGAAGAUAAUCCAGGCCAAGCACUUUGACUCCCCGAAGGUUCAAGAAUGCAUGGACGACAUCCGGAGGCAAUGGCAGCAGCUGGAGGAGCUGGCUGCGUUUCGGAAACAGAACCUGGAAGACACACAGAAGUUCUUCCAGUUUCAGGGAGAUGCUGAUGAUCUCAAGGCCUGGCUGCAGGAUGCUAAGAGGCAGAUGAGCGGCGAUGACGUGGGCCACGACGAGUACACUACCGAGCGGCUACUGAAAAAGCACAACAACCUGAAGAAUGAAGCCAUCAAGAAUGGAGCCACCAUAGAUGCACUGUCUAAACAGGCCAAUGCGCUGCCAGAGGAGCUGCAAAACACCCCAGAUAUCCAGAGACGUCUAAAAGACAUCAAGGACCUGUACAUGGAGCUCAUGUCUCUGGCUGACCUGAGACAGAAAAGGCUGGAAGACACUAUGGCCCUGUACACCAUCUUCAGUGAGACUGACGCCUGUGAGCUCUGGAUGGGCCAGAAGGAAACGUGGCUGGUGGAUUUAGAGGUGCCUGAGAAGCUGGAGGACCUGGAAGUAGUACAGAAUAGGUUGAGCAUUCUAGCUCAAGAUAUGGCAAAUGUGCAGUCAAGAGUGGAUGACGUCAACAAAGCUGUUAAACAGCUUGAGGACAGCAGACACCCUCGCACUAAAGAGGUCAAAGAGUGUCAGACGCGACUGAAUAAGAGGUGGGAGGCCUUCAAGGCCAUGGUGGAGGACAAGAAGAAGAAAGUGGAUUCUGCUGUCAGUCUGCACAACUACGGGCUGGAGUGCGACGAGACAGAUGCCUGGAUUAGAGACAAAACACGGGUGAUCGAGUCCACGCAGGAUUUGGGCAAUGACCUGGCAGCCGUCAUGACCAUCCAGAGGAAACUGUUUGGCAUAGAGAGAGAUUUGGCUGCCAUCGACAACAAGCUUACCUUCCUGAGGAAAGAGGCGGACCAGCUGGCUAAGGACCAUCCGGAGAAUGCCGGUGACAUCUUGGCCCGCAUGGGGGAGCUGGACACAGUCUGGGACACGCUACGAAAGACCUUGAAAGAUAGAGAGGACUCUUUGGGCGAAGUCAGCAAGUUACAGACCUUCCUUCAAGACAUGGAUGAUUUCCAGUCCUGGCUUUUCAAGACCCAGAAGGCUGUGGCCUCGGAGGAAAUACCCGCAACGCUGCCAGAGGCAGAGGAGCAGCUCAGCCUUCAUGACGCAGUGCGUGAAGACAUAAACAACCACGAGGAGGACUAUCACCGCGUGAGGGACACCGGUGCCCAGGUCAUCCAGGGUCAGGAGGACGAUCCUCAGUACCAGCAGCUGGAGCAGAGGCUGAAGGGGUUGGACCGUGGUUGGUACGAGCUGCAGAAGAUGUGGGAUAGCCGUAAGACUUUCUUGGACCAGAGUCUGGGCUUCCAGCAGUUCAUGAGGGAUGGGAAGGCUGUGGAGGCCAUCCUCAACAACCAGGAGUACACCUUGGCCCACAUAGACAAGCCUGACACCCUGGCUGGAGCGGAGCAAGCUUUGAAGAAGCAUGAGGACUUUGUGAGCACCAUGGAGGCCAACGAGGACAAGAUUGACGGUGCUCUGAAGGGCGGUCAGCAGCUGGUGGACAGUAACAACUUGUAUUCUGGAAAGGUUCAGGACAAAAUGGAAUCAGUUCGAGACAGGAGUAACAAAAAUAACCGACGAGCCCAGGAGGUGUCAGAAAAGCUCAGAGACAACCGAGACCUGCAGCACUUCCUGCAAAACACUCAGGACCUGACUCUGUGGAUCAAUGAAAAGAUGCUGACAGCUCAGGACACGUCGUACGAUGAGGCCCGGAACCUCCACAGCAAAUGGCUGAAGCAUCAGGCCUUCAUGGCUGAGCUGGCCUCCAACAAGGACUGGCUCAACAAAGUAGACCAGGAGGGUCACGAGCUCAUGCAGUCCAAGCCUGAGUUCGAGCCCAUCGUGAAAGAGCGUCUGGCCAAACUCCACGAGCUGUGGGACCAGCUGGAGUCCACCACCCAAGAGAAAGCCCGGCUGCUGUUUGACGCCAACCGCUCUGAGCUUUUCGACCAGAGUCUGGCUGAUAUGAGGAAGUGGCUCAGUGAGCUGCAGCAACAGCUGCAGAGCGGAGACGAAGACGUGAAAGAUCUGACUAAUGCCAACAUCCUGCUUAAGAAGCAUCAGAUGACAGAGAAUCAGGUGCGUGACCGCGCACGGGAGCUGGAGGAGCUCCAGGAGGCCGUCAGGAAGCACGGCGGAGGCAGGGAGGACCAGCCGGAGCUAGAGGCCGAGCAGCAGGCCCUGCAGAGGGAUUUCCAGCAGCUCCUCACUCCACUGGCCCAGCGCAAGGGCAAGGUGGAGGCCGCCAAGGCUGUCCAUCAGUUCUACAGAGACCUGGCUGACGAGCUUCUCUGGAUUGAGGAGAGGAUUCCCCUGGCAACGUCACAAGAACAUGGCCACAAUCUUCAGACUGUGCAAAUGCUGCUGAAGAAGAACCAGACAUUGCAGAGGGAGAUCGAGGGCCACCAACCUCGCGUCGAUGAAGUACUAGAACGAGGGAGGAGGAUGGCGGCAGCCGCCAGCGCAGAGGGCAGACCGGAGGCAGAGCGGAUUACCGACCAGCUGAAGGAGCUGGAGGAGGCGUGGGCCCGGCUGCAGGACGAGAUGGCCAAGCGCAGGGAGAGGCUGAACGGCUCCAACUUGGCCCAGCAGUACUACAACGACGCAGAUGAGGCUGAAGCCUGGAUAGGCGAGCAGGAGCUUUACAUGAUUGCUGAUGAAAAGGCCAAGGAUGAGCAGAGUGCCAUGCUGAUGCUGAAGCGCCACAUGAUCCUUAAGCAAGCCGUGGACGACUACACUGACUCCAUUCAGAAGCUGGCCGACCGUGCCCAAAAAAUGUUUGCUGAGGACCAUCCCGAGGGUGAGGAGAUCAUCAGGCGACAGGGCCAGGUGGAUAAGCAAUACGCGGGGCUGAAGGAGCUAGCGGAGGACCGCAGGAAGAAGCUGGACCACACCUACCACCACUUCCUGCUGGGUCGAGAGGUGGAGGACCUGGAACACUGGAUCGCAGAGAGAGAUGUGGUGGCUUCCUCUCAGGAGAUGGGCCAGGACCUGGACCACGUCACGCUUCUGAGGGAUAAGUUUAGAGAGUUUGCACGGGAGACGGAGAUGGCGGGUCAGGAGCGAGUGGACAUGGUCAACCAGACGAUAGACGAGCUAAUCGAAUCUGGACACACUGAGGCAGCCACCAUGGCAGAGUGGAAGGACGGCAUCAAUGAGAGCUGGGCUGAUCUGCUGGAGCUCAUCGACACUCGCACUCAGCUGCUCACAACAUCUUACGAACUGCUCAAGUACUUUGAUGAUGGGAAAGAGCUUGUGGCUCAGAUCCACGAGAAGCUAAAAGAGCUGCCUGAAGAUGUGGGAGAGGACUUCAGCAAAGCCGAAUCCUUCCACAGAAUGCACGCUGCCUUUGAGAGAGACAUCACCACUCUAGGCAAACAGGUCCGACAGUUCCAGGAGACGGCUUCACGUCUCCAUGCCCAGUAUGCAGGGCCCAGAGCGGACAGCAUCAAGGCCACAGAGCGAGAGGUGGUGGAGGCCUGGAAGGGCCUGCUGGACGCUUGCGACGGCCGCAGGGCACAACUGGUGGACACUGCAGAGAAGUUCCGCUUUUUCACCAUGGUGCGAGACCUGAUGGCCUGGAUGGACAGCAUCAUCCAGCAGAUAGAGACUCAGGAGAAACCCAGGGAUGUCUCAUCCGUGGAGCUCCUGCAGAAGUACCACCAGGGGAUCCGCUCAGAGAUUGAAGCCCGGGGAGCGAAAUUCACUGACUGCAUAGACCUCGGCAAGGCCCUGCUGACCCGCAAGCACCGAGACUCUGCUGAGAUCAAGGAGAAGCUGGUGCAGCUGAAGGAGAAAAGGAAGGAGAUGAUGUUCAAGUGGAACGACAGAUGGGACAGGCUCCGACUCUUGUUGGAGGUGUGUCAGUUUGCGCGGGACGCCUCAGUGGCGGAGGCCUGGCUGGUCGCUCAGGAGCCCUACGUGACCAGUCAGGACCUGGGCUACACCGUGGACGAGGUGGAGAAACUCCUCAAGAGACACGAGGCCUUUGAGAAAUCCACCGCCACCUGGGAAGAGCGCUUCUCUGCCCUGGAGCGCUUCACAACGCUGGAGUUGCUGGAGCUGAGGAGGCAGCAGCAGGAAAUAGAGCAGUUGAUGAAAGACGAGCAGCAUUCAGAUAAGGACAGCAGGAGAGAAGACACCGGCUUUGUGGAAGAAUCCUCACAGCUUUACACCAUUGAGGAACAGACUCCGUCUGGCUCUGGUGCAGUUGAGCCCAGUUCGGGUCUGCUGGAGGGGACGGCCGGUGAUACCACCGUUCCCAUAGAGUCAGAAAUCAGAGAGAGCGCUUCUCUGGAGCUGGAGCCUUCUGUCUCAAUAGUGAUCCCAAAAGAUCCGGAGAAGGCUGCCACCAUGCCCAUGGAGCCGCUCAGAGCCCAGACUGUGCUGCAGGAGGGCAUGCUGAGCCGCAAACACGACAUGGAGGGCUCGGGAAAGAGGGCUUCAAAUAGGUCGUGGAACAGCUUGUACUGCGUGCUGAAGCCCGGUCAGCUCUCAGCCUAUAAGGAUGCCAAGAGUUUUAGCCACGGAGUGACGUAUCACGGCGAGGACCCCUUGUCCCUCAGCAAUGCCAGCUGGGAGAAGCACGUCUCUAAACUGCGUCUUGGCGACGGCAGUGAAUAUCUGUUCCAGUGUAAAGACGAGGAGGAGGUCCAGCGUUGGAGCCAAGCCAUGGAGAAGGCCGUUCAGCUCCUGCCAACGGAGGAGGCGUCGGGGCCCUCGGGGGCCAAAGCCCACACCCUGCCCGCUCCUUCCUCCUCCUCCUCCUCAGCUGCCCUGCCUGAGCCCAGCUCUGCCAAGAAAGACAAGGAGAAGAAGUUCAAGUUUGCCAAGAAGAAGUAAAAGAAGAUGGGAAGGCAGGGGUUGGGGGGCUUUGAAAGAGAAAGUAGUAUUUGUGUACAAUCAGUCAGAGCGAGCUUUUUAUCACUAAUUUUUUUUUUUUUUUUACAUUAUUUUGCGAUGCUUAAAAUGAAUAUUAUAGUUUAGGUUAAAGCCAUCACUCUUUUGCCUGUAUUUAAGCAAGUGUAUCUUUGCUGAAGUCCACUUUUUGUUUUCCUUUGUGUUCUUUUUAACAAAUGCCAAAUUCAAAGCGUUGAAUUAAAGCACAGGAAUGCUCCUUUCACACGCAACCAAAGAAUGUUUCUACAACUUUUUUUCUUUUUAUCACUUUCGCUGCAAGUUUCACUUCAGUAUGGCAUGCUUUGAUAUAGCUGUGAACGAUAUGAACGCCUGUAAUGACGAUGACAGGGUGAAAAGUACCACAGAGUACUUUUACUAAUCUGCCUUACACAAUGGUUGUGAACUGUAAUACUGUGCUGUUUGAAUUUGGACUGCUGAACGCUACUCACAGAACCAGAGUGAAUUUGACAGCUUUUUAGAAGCUUUGUAAAUGCAGUGUAAAGACUUGGUGCAGCGCUGUAUGGUGCGCAUGCAGGCACACACAUACACACACAUACACACACCAAGUGUUAAUUGCAGGCAUGCAAAACUAAAUCCUCUAUGCACUGAGAAGAGUUUGACUGUUGAGAUUUGAACUGACGACGUACAGUCAGUCAGUUCUGAAUAUAGAUCAGUCGGGCUGAAAAGUGGCAGUAGUUAUUUCUGUGAACUUGAAAUAUAUUCAACACUUGUGUAUUGAAUCCUAUAUUUCAUAUCUAUUCAUUAACAUAUAAAAUUACUAUACAGAUUAUAUAUCUACAGAUGCAUGAAGUAUGUUUUACAUUAGUUUGAUAUGGUGCUAUUGUGACAUUCUUGAACCGUCAAUCAAGACCAACUUGACCUGCCUUAUUUGUCUUUAACUUUGGCUGUUUAGAAACACACACACACACACACACACACCGAGAUGUAUUCUGUGAGGGGUGUUUCAUAGAGACAGCUCAGAAAAGCAGGCAUUGCUGAGAAAGUGUGGACCCCGAAGACACCUUUAAUGUUAAUUCAAAGUGAAUAAACAUAUCGUUUAAAGCAAAAUGUUUACAGCGAAAGUGAGCAGAACUACUGCCGUAAACUAAAAAAUUCAUGUGUAGAUGAAAGAUACUGGGUAAAUUAUUUUAUAGCACGGCAAUAAUAAUUGGCAUUUUUACAAACUAAACUUCUCUAUCAGUAUGUAAUGUUAAGUAAUGUAGAGGAAUAACAGCCUCCAUAUGAUGAAAAUUUUGUUGAAAUAGCUUGAGACUGGCACUCCGCCUCUUGCAUUUUUAAGGAUUUCUGGGUGUCUAUUUCUUAUUUUAUUUAAGUGAUAUUUAAAGAGAGCUUUAUUUUACCAAUAACAUUUUACCAACCAAUAAUCUGACUUUAUGAAACAUCCCUCCAGCCUCACAAACUAGAAUUUUUUUUUUAAAUUAAUUUACCAGAAACAUUGAGUGUCACAUAACAGCCAACUAGAGUUUAACACCAGGUGCUCUUGUUAAAAAAAAAAAGAAAAAAAUCACCUGGAUCAUUAUUCCAAAACUUCUAAGCCAGCCAAAGUCCAGGACAAGCUGAGGGUCGGAUGAAUCUUGACAGCUUUUCCAUACCACACGACAGGACCAGGCACAGUCUUCAUCUAAGCUGAGGGUCACACAGCAGCAGCAGCAGCAGGAAGCUGAGGGAAAGUGUCUUCAAUGUGAAUGUAAGGGACAAAAGAAGGAAGUGAGAAUUUGGUACAACUGACAGUAAAGCCAUUGCAGAACAAGAAACUUUAACCGAUAAACACAUACAGGGAACACAGAGUGCGUACAGAAGAGCAUUCAUAGACAUUUUGUCACCAGGAUGGUGGCUCUCUCUCACACACACACAAACACACACACACACACUCCCACUGCCAUCUUGCCUUGAACUGCGUGGCUCCAUCCCUAACCUACAAUCAAGUGACCUCAGUAACAGGAUGGAAUUGGGUGUAGGAAGAGAAACGAGGCUGUUCAGCUCAUGAGGAAAAUGUGGUAGCAUCAUGAUGAUCCAGUUUAGAUUAUUCACAAAGGGUCAGAAUAGUUAAUGAAUCAGAGAGCUUCUUGCGGCGGUUUAAACAAGAAAUACAGCAGAAGGCGAUAAGAACAUCACAUCUGUCCUGCCAGUACCAGUAGUCCAGUUUAGUUAAGGGAAACUCAUCACAUGUAUUCAGUCUUGUUUUUACUGGUCACCGUGUCGGCAGCAGUGACUCUGACACUUCCUGCUCUGUCACCUCCAUCCACUUUGUUUAAUCCUCCACUCCGUCCUUACCUUGCCUUUUCUGUUCAGUGGUUUUUAAUCUGCAUUUUGUACUCUCUAGCUAUGUAAAAUAUCCCAAAAAUGUUAACAAGAAAUGUCAAAUACAUUUUGAGAGAAUAAACUUUAAAAUAAACUCUUGAAACUAAA